UCACGUGGGUGCCGCUUCCGGCCGCCCUCUCACCCCAAGAUGGCGGCGCCCGUGGGGCCGGUGAAGUUUUGGAAGCCGGGCUCAGAGGGUCCUGGUGUCAGUGUCUCGGAGGAGAGGCAGAGCCCUGCUGAGAGCAGCGCUGUCACUGUCAUCUACAACCCCUAUGCUUCCCUCUCCAUUGAACAGCAAAGGCAAAAGCUGCCUGUUUUUAAGCUCAGAAAUCACAUACUUUACCUAGUGGAGAACUACCAGACCCUGGUGAUUAUUGGGGAAACAGGAUGUGGGAAAUCAACACAGAUUCCACAGUACCUGGCAGAAGCUGGCUGGACAGCUGAAGGCAGAGUUGUUGGGGUGACACAGCCUCGUCGGGUCGCUGCAGUUUCAGUUGCAGGCCGAGUUGCUGAUGAAAGAGGGGCAGUGCUGGGACAUGAGGUUGGAUAUUGCAUCCGCUUUGACGACUGCACAGACCCACAGGCCACAAGAAUUAAGUUUCUAACUGAUGGUAUGCUGGUGAGGGAAAUGAUGGCUGAUCCUUUAUUAACAAGAUACAGUGUCCUCAUGCUGGAUGAAGCUCAUGAAAGGACUCUUUAUACAGACAUUGCCAUUGGCUUACUAAAAAAGGUCCAGAAAAAGCGUGGGGAUCUUCGCCUGAUUGUGGCUUCAGCCACCUUGGAUGCAGAGAAAUUCAGGGAUUUCUUCAAUCAAAAUGAUACCGGUGACCCCAGCAAAGACACCAGUGUGAUCCUGACUGUUGAGGGGAGGACGUUUCCAGUGGACAUCUUUUACCUGCAGAGCCCUGUUCCUGACUAUAUAAAAUCAACUGUGGAAACUACAAUGAAAAUUCACCAGAUGGAGAAUGAUGGUGAUAUAUUGGCAUUUUUAACUGGCCAGGAGGAAGUGGAGACUGUUGUUUCCAUGCUGAUAGAGCAGGCUCGGGCCCUCGCUCGCACCGGGAUGAAGAAGCACCUCCGUGUUCUGCCCAUGUACGCUGGGCUGCCUUCUCCUGAGCAGCUGAAAGUCUUUGAGAGAGUCCCUCACACUGUCAGGAAGGUGAUCGUUGCCACCAACAUUGCCGAGACCUCCAUCACAGUGCACGGCAUCGCCUUUGUCAUCGACUGCGGCUUCGUGAAGCUGCGUGCCUACAACCCCAAGACGGCCAUCGAGUGCCUGGUGGUGGUGCCCGUGUCCAAAGCCUCGGAGGAGGACUUUGAGAAGCUGCCCAAGUCCACGGUGCCGGAGAUGCAGCGCAGCAACCUGGCCCCUGUCAUCCUGCAGCUCAAGGCUCUGGGCAUUGACAACGUGCUCAGGUUCCCCUUCCUUUCGCCACCCCCUGCACAGUCGAUGGUGCAAGCUUUAGAGCUGCUGUAUGCUUUGGGAGGUUUGGACAUGCACUGCCGGUUAACAGAGCCUCUUGGGAUGAGAAUAGCAGAGUUUCCUUUGAAUCCCAUGUUUGCAAAGAUGCUUCUGGAGUCAGGAAAUUUUGGCUGCUCCCAAGAGAUCUUGACAAUUGCUGCCAUGAUGCAGAUUCAAAACAUCUUUGUGAUCCCUCCAAAUCAAAAAAUCCAGGCUGCCAGACAACACAGAAAGUUUGCUGUGGAGGAAGGAGAUCAUCUGACCAUGCUGAAUGUUUAUGAAGCCUUUGUCAAACACAGCAAGAGCUCCCAGUGGUGUCAGGAACACUUUCUGAACUACAAAGGGCUUGUGAGAGCUUCUGUUGUAAGAGAGCAGCUGAAAAAACUUCUUGUCCGCUUUAAAGUGCCAAAGAAGUCCAGUGAAGGUGAUCCAGAUCCUGUUUUGAGGUGCAUAGUUUCUGGAUUCUUUGCUAAUGCAGCUAAAUUCCACUCCACAGGAGCUUACAGGACCAUCCGUGAUGACCACGAGCUCCAUAUCCACCCCAGCUCGGUGCUUUAUGCAGAGAAGCCUCCACGCUGGGUGGUGUACAAUGAAGUCAUACAGACUGCUAAAUACUACAUGAGGGAUGUGACAGCUGUGGAAUCCUCAUGGCUCUUGGAGCUGGCCCCUCACUUUUACCAGCAAGGAACGCAUCUUUCCUUGAAAGCAAAAAGGGCUAAAGUAGAUGACCACUGACAUAACUUCAAUUAUUGUGACAUCAGAAGCAGAACCUACCAGUGAUUUCAAGCUGGCUACAGUCCAUUCAGCAGUCAGUUCAUUAGCAAUUUGAUCUUCCAUCAACCUAAAUGUUUAAAUGCCUGCCAGGAUCUGUAGGGGUUUAUGCAUGACCAGUACAUUGUAAACCUAGAGCUUGCAUUGUGGACAUUUUAAUCUUUGCCUACUUGACCUCUCUUGUUAAUCUGGGCAUGUUGCUCCUUUUAAAUAGCUAGAAAAAACAACUUAAAAAGUAAGAGGACAUACAGGACCACAAAAAAAAAACCUGAAACCUUCAAGAAAGAAACAGAUUUCCUGGAGUGGUACUGCCUUAUGAGCGUGGGGAAUAGGGUACCCUGCCUCCUGUCACCCAGAGCACUGUGACUUACACCGGCCAAACUGAGCCUGGCUCCUGCCAGCAGGAGCUCAGGGCAAUCAACUACCCCUUGAAAUGCAAGGUGCUGCCAUGGAAACAUGGAUUUCCUGUUGGACCAUCCCAAACUGGUGCAGCUUGUGCUCCCAAGCAGUAAAAGUGUCCUGCCCGAGGCUGAGCUGGCCCAGCUCACUGUGCUGAGCAGUCCCUGGGGACUCAAAUGUCUGGGUUCUGCUCAUGGGAGUUGCUGUUUGGGGAGGAGGAGAAAGAGCAGCUCAGUAUUUUUAAGAUGGAUUCAUUUUCUGCUCAAUCAGGGGACUAAAGAUUUAUGUUCAUAAUCAAACAAGUUCACAGACAGGGCUUUACUUUUCUUUUUUAUCCUAUGAGGGAAAAAGUGUUGACCUUCCACUGGCUGGAAAUACCAGUAAAUUUCAUUGGGGAAUAUCAUGGAACUCUGUUUUUAGCCUCUGUUGAUCAGCAAAGAAGGAAAUGUUCUGUACUUUCCUAUGAGGAACACAGUCCUUUAUAUUUCUUUUAUUACAAAUCUAUUCUUUGCUGCUUGGGACUCAUUUUCCUCUGUUACUGAGGAGAAGGAUGCUCUGAACAGUUGCUGCUUUAAUUGGGAUUCCAUGGCUACUUUUCAGUAAGCAAUUAUUCUUGUUUGUGUUUUAACAACACAGUUUGGAUUUACAUAUUUAUUUAUUUCCAUUUUUACCUAUUGCUAUUUAUUUUAGAAAGACAUUGCUUGAAAAUUUUAUUUUUGUAAUUCAGCUGAUUUGAUGAAUGUGUU